ACGAAAGCAGCCUUCUGCAGAGCGGUUGUUUUAUCAAUGCAAGUUGUUGCAUGCCAAGGGCCCCAAAAGGAACAUUUUCAGAGAAAGGAAGGAGAGGGCGCAAAUUCGACCUUCGCCUCCUUAACGUAGAAGAGCACUUGUUCCAAGGCCUGACGUCAAGACAUUUCUGAGGUGGGCCCUAAUGCCACUAGAAGGUAGGGGAACUGCCCCAUGACGAGCUAACCUUGCUCGCCUGAUUAAGUUACUUGCAGGUGAAAGAAAGGACAACUUGGACCACAUGGUCUAUCAUAUUCAUAUACCUUGCCUCCGCACUCACAAGUCCAUGUAAGCGCAACGCCAGGAAAGACUUUGUAGUUCUCUGACCGGAGCCGAUUUUAAUAAUUCAGAACGUUAUCUCGGCAAUCAAUCGAUGGUUGGGCUUGGAGGGCUUCUGUGAUUGCUCAUUGCGAGUGAAAAUGCGAAAAUUAGCCAUUUUGUCUCCAAAAACGAUUUAAAAUGGAAGGCGAUUCGAUUUCGGCCUCGGAUAUUCUGAAUACCCCGACCAAUAUGGCCUCGGCACCCCCGAACCACAACGAUGACCAUGCUAACCAUUCCCUGCCUGGAAGUGUCGCAGAGAGCCCUGAUGAAACUCCUCAAAGCAAUCCCCGAUUACCCCCAAUUGCUAAAAACUCGAUUCGACCUCUCCAAUCUGUUCCAACCGGAAGUGAAGAAGAAGCCAAGGGUAUUGGAUGGAGAUUGCCCCUUGAGACCGUCGAAACUGAAACUGAUGGUAAGAUCAACGAUCUCUUGGACAUGUUGGAAUGCCCAAUUUGCUUGGAUACGGCUGAUAAACCCCCAAUUUACCAAUGCCCUGAAGGGCACUUAUUGUGUGAGGAUUGCAAUAGCCGCUUGAGCGACUGUCCUCAGUGCGGUCAUGCUUUACUCAAUUCUCGAAACCGCACGGCUGAGGAGCUGGCACAUCGGCUACAGCAAUUGAAAGGAAACCGGCGCGAAAUGCUGAUUCCAAGCCAACACGUCCAUAUCUCCGUGUCCGAGCCAAGAAAGAUUCGAAAGGGCCUUUUUUCUCACGUGGCUUACCAACUGACUACAAGGAUUGGCCAUCAAGAUCCACCCACUACAUCGACCUUUAAGGUCGACCGCCGAUACUCUGAUAUUUUGAAGUUGUAUCAAAAAUUACAGUUAGAGUACCAGCCCAAUGGCAUUAUUAUUCCUCCUCCACCCGAAAAAAAGCGAUUGGCGACGAUUGCAAUCAAAAUGAGUACCGAUGCGGAUUUGAAUGCGUCGGUGGCAUCUGAGGUAAUCUCCAAAAGAUGCGUCGCGUUGGACCGAUACAUGAAGAGAAUGUGCAAACAUCCAGUCAUUCGCAAAGACCCUAAUUUCCGGUCUUUCAUUCAGGAGCAUGAAGUUUCAAAGGCUGUGCUCAAGAGCAAGUCGAUAAGCGAGAAGUUCUCGUCAUGGGCAGGCAAAAUUUUAAGGAUAAAAUCGCCAUUUUCAGUCUCUGAACAAGAUCCGUGGUUCCAAACGAAAGUGGCGCAACUGAACACCAUGUCCCAACAGAUGAAACAAUUGGAAAAAAAUCUGUCGGGCAUGUCGGACCAGAAACGAAAACUUGGUCGAACAGUGAAUGAUUUUCAGGCCGGUUUAAGCAACAUGUCCGUGGGGCGAACCUCUCGGGAUGGCAAUCUCAACCAAGUCAUUAAGGAGGUCAUUCAAUGCCAUAAGACUAUGGCCCAAAUGCAGGAGGAACAAUCAAAAGCGGAUGAAAUCAUCGAGCAGCUGGCCGUGGACUAUCAACAUCUUGUCAAAUCGGCGAAAACAACGCUUCAGCACCGAAGUCGAUAUCAGAAAGACAUGCAAAAGGUUCAAAAGGGCAAGAACCCACUGGAAGAAAUCGAAAAGAUUCAAGUGAGCUUUGACAAAAUCAGUCAGACAAUCCGCCGUGAGUUGGAGCACUUCGACUUUGUGUUACGGGACGAAUUUGAGGAGGUUUUUCGAGCUUACAACACACGUUAUUGGGCUUCACUGGCUUCCGGUCAAGACACCCGAAGCCGAUUGAACACUCCCUCCGUUCCGACGCAUGAUCAAAGAGGUGGAGUGAUGGCAAAUGCGCCCAACGUGGAUGACAUUGAACAAACCGAGACGUAAAGUCCACACAUUCAUACGUCGCUGACUCGUCGCUGACUCAUCAAUGAUGACAUUGGAACGAAAAUGGAUCAUGUUGAGGAUGGCUUGAAUUGCUAUUUUUGUACGUCUGGAUGAUUUCUUCUAACUUUGACAACUGCUCAAUCGGUUGCUUCAAUGUAACAGAGUGACGCGGAUCUGCAUUCGCUCCAAAUAGACAGCUUAUUUAUCCGACUUUAAAAUGUUGGCAAUACUGGUGUGAACCAUACAAAUCUAAGCUUGAAAUAUAUAUUCUAUCACAUUUUGUCACCA